AUGGCCCGCCGUCAGCAUUUCACGCUCAUGCUGGUCCUGGGCUUCUUUGCCUGCCUCACGCUCUUUUACCUCUUCUCCGGUUCCCCCGACCGCGCUCUUUCUACCCCGGCCGUUCCCGUCGAUGUCUCUGCCGCGACCCACGGCCAUGCUCCCGAAAAGCAAAAAGUAACGGAUGAGGAGGCGACCAUCGACGUGAAUGGCAUCCCCAAGGGAAUCUUGAGCGGCGAGUCCAUUGCCCCCAAAUUGGAAAAUGCCACUCUCAAAGCUGAGCUUGGUCGCGCUUCCUGGAAACUAUUCCACACCAUGAUGGCUCGCUUCCCCGAGAAGCCCACACCCGACGACAGCCUCGCCCUCAAGACCUACAUCCACCUCUUUGCGAGGAACGCCGCCGCCGGAUGGGCCUGCUUCAUGCACAACCAAGUCAACGAGAGGCUGCACAAACCCGAGUUUGACUGCACCAAGAUUGGCGACUUUUACGACUGCGGGUGCGGCGAGGAGGGUCAUGCCAAGGAAGGCGGCGAGGGCGACGGCGAGAGCGGCAGCGAGGGGGAGAAGAAGGACGCUGACACGGAUGAGGAUGAGAGUAGAGCAGAGUUGCAACUGCGCUACAUCACCCUACCGCCGAGAGCAUAUACACCGACUCUUAACAUCAUGGACUUCUCCAAGACCGGCAACCUCAACGAAGAUGGCAUCCACAUCGAUAUGGAUAGGUUAAAGAAGGGUGAGGUCAACCUCGGAACUUCCAUUAUGGCUGUCACAUUCAAGGACGGCGUCAUCCUAGGAGCCGACUCCCGAACGACGACCGGCGCUUACAUCGCCAACCGAGUAACUGACAAGCUCACCCGAGUCCACGACACCAUCUGGUGCUGUCGGUCCGGCUCCGCUGCCGACACCCAGGCUGUCGCCGACAUUGUCCAGUACUACCUCGGCCUCUACGCCACCGUAAACAACCAGACCCCCACCACUCAGACGGCCGCGUCGCUGUUCCAGGAGAUCUGCUACUCCAACAAGGAUAACCUCUCUGCUGGCCUCAUCAUUGCCGGCUGGGACGAAAGGCACGGCGGCCAGGUAUACUCGAUUCCCCUCGGCGGAUCCCUACACAAGCAAUCAUACGCCAUCGGCGGUUCGGGUUCGACGUACAUCUACGGUUACUGCGACGCGCACUGGAAAGAGGGCAUGGAGGAGAAGGACGCCGUCAACUUCGUCAAGGGCGCUCUCGCCGAGGCCAUCAAGUGGGAUGGCAGCUCGGGCGGUGUCAUCCGCAUGGUGGUGUUGACGGCAAAGGGCGCGGACAGGCAUCUGUACCUUCCGGAUACGGGGUACCAGGUGAGGCAGCAAUAG